CUCCCUGGCUGGAUAGGUCUCUUUGUGGGUGGGUUGGUGUGUGUAUAUAUAGUCACUCUUUGGUUGCUGUACGAGUUAAUCUGUCUCGAUAAUCCAUUCCAUUCUCCUUCCAAUUAAUUGCCCGAUCAAUCUUGGAACCUAUCUAGCGAAUUAAAGAUCGAAUAGUUGUUCCAUUAAUUAAUAAAUCAUAAUGCCUAGUGUCCAUCAGUACUCGAAUCCCUACCGGCAGAUGGAAAACCCAGCCACCUUGCUAUCCCUGCUUCAGCAUACCGCCGGCGGCUGCAACAAGGGCGGCAAGAACGGUGGUCGCGGAGGCGGAGGCGGAGGCUUGUUCCGCAUGUUCAAGCUCUUCCCAAUGCUAACCUCCGGCUGUAAGAUGGUGGCGCUGUUAGGGAAGGGACGACCAAGAAAGCCCCUGCUGGCGGACAACGCUACCACCGGAACCCUCUUCGGCCACCGCAAAGGGCGGAUCAUCCUGGCCAUUCAGGACGACCCCCACCGCCUGCCCAUGUUCAUCAUCGAGCUGCCGCUGCUCACGGCCGCCUUCCACAAGGAGAUGGCGUCCGACGACAUAGUCAGGCUGGCUCUGGAGAGCGAGACCAAGACCCACAAGAAGAAGCUGCUCGAGGAGUUCGUCUGGGCGGUCUACUGCAACGGCCGCAAGAUUGGGUACUCCAUCAGGCGGAAGCAGAUCGGCGACGAUGAGCUUCAGGUGAUGCAGCUGCUGUGGGGCGUUUCGAUGGGGGCCGGCGUGGUUCCGGCAGCGUCGCAGAAGGAAUCGGCCGGCGCCGGCGAAGACGGAGACGAGAUGACUUACAUCAGAGCAAGGUUUGAGAAGGUGGUUGGAUCGAAGGACUCCGAAGCAUUCUACAUGAUCAAUCCCGAUGGAGCUGCGGGCCAUGAGUUGAGCAUUUUCUUUGUAAGAGCACAUUAAUGAUCCAUCAUCCCAUCCAUGAUUAACAAUUAAUAUAUAUAUAUAUAUAUAGUAUUUAUUUA